AUGCCCACUCCUGGGAUUCAGAGCAGCGUCGGUUGUCGAUCGUCUAGCGGCGUAAGCGCGGGCGCAGUGACGGUCGCGGCAGCGGGCGCGGGCGGCGCGUGCGCAGGGCGCAUGGCGAGCGCGGGCGCGCAGUUCCGCGGCGGCACGCAGCAGUGGGCAACGGCGUACGCGCCGCAGCCCUGCCGCUACCCGCCGCCGCAGCCGCAGCCCUACGCGGCGGCACCCAGCCCCUACACCCCGCACCAGUACUCCGGUAUCGGGAUGGCGGGCGGUUGUGGAGCGGCUGGAACGCGCGUUCCAACCGCCGCGUCGCCGGCGAACACCGCCUCUAGUUCCUCCUCCAAUUCGGCGGGUGGGACCCGUUCGACCAGCCUCAGCACCGCCCCCCCACCGCCAGCCUCCUCCACGUCCACCACGGGCGCGUCAGGGGAGCAGCUUAGCCGGACCAACCUGUACAUUCGUGGGCUCAAUCAGAACACUACCGAUAAGGACCUCGUUCAAAUGUGCCAAAUGUAUGGCAACAUUAUAUCAACGAAAGCAAUACUGGACAAAAAUACAAAUAAAUGUAAAGGGUACGGUUUUGUAGAUUUUGAGAGCAUCUCGUCAGCGGAGGCGGCCGUCAAGGGGUUACAGGCCAAAGGUGUUCAGGCCCAGAUGGCGAAAGUGGGUAUCUGGUUCCUGCGUAGACUGAACCGUCAGCAAGAACAGGAUCCGACCAACUUGUACAUGGCUAACCUGCCGCCGCACUUCAAGGAGAACGACGUGGAUCAGCUGUUAGCCAAGUUCGGCCAAGUGGUCUCCACGAGGAUCCUGAGGGACACCCACGGGCACAGCAAGGGGGUCGGCUUCGCUAGGAUGGAGUCGAGGGAAAAAUGCGAACAGAUCAUACAAAUGUUCAAUGGAAACCCGAUACCGGGCGCCAAAGAACCGUUGCUGGUGAAGUUCGCUGAUGGAGGAAAUAAGAAGAAGGCAUCUUAUAACAAACAAAACGACAGCGGCCGAGGAUGGAGGGAUAACGCCGACUCCAUACAGAUAUACUUAAACCAGGCCAUGAGCGUGAGUGGCGUGUACGCCGGGGGCGUGGCCGGAGGAGCCGGAGGCGAUUGCACCGGAGUGUACCGCAGCAGCGCCAGCGUGUACGGCGUGGCCGCUUUCCACCCGCAGCUGCACCAUCACCACCACGCCGCGCAUCCCGCCGCUUGGCUCGCGCCGUACGCUACGCUCAUUCCGCCGGCGCACCCCGCGCACCAUGCGCCGCAUCCUGCGCACGCGACGCAUAUACCCAUAGAUGCUGUACCUAGCCAAUAUGUAAACUGGGACAGCUUAAGGCCGGAAAACGAAGUUUACUACUUCGCGUCGCACCCGUACCAGUACUUCGCGGGGCCCACCCCGCCGGUCAUCCAGAUGCCGAUGGAGAGCGAGCACGCCUCCACCGCCGCGUCCCCCGACGAGGCCUACCAGCCCUACCCGCCCCCGAAUUUAAUUUGCGGCCGUUAUAGACUUCAUCGCGACUCUAGUUUAAGCCUAAUCCAAUUCGGUUCUCUCGCCUCGACCGCUCGUCUUGACGGCUUCCGUCUCUGGCGACUUUCGUCUCUGGCGACUUUCGUCUCUGGCGACUUUCGUCUCUGGCGGCCUUCGUCUCUGGCGACUUUCGUCUCUGGCGGCUUUCGUCUCUGGCGACUUUCGUCUCUGGCGGCUUCCGUCUCUGGCGGCCUUCGUCUCUGGCGCGGCUUUCGUCUUUCGGCUUCGCGAUCGGAACUGCGGCGUUUCGAUGGGGUCUUUCGACGGCGCGAGAGUGGAUUACACGCGUAG